UCCAUCCCUUUACUACUUGCAGUCAGACCAGACUGUAUUUCUGCCAUCACACAGGCGACUGCACCAGUCAGCCAUUGCGAUCCAAGAACACCCCGCCACGUUCAGUUGCUCCCGUCAUUCUCCCAUCGUCAUCAUCUCUCUUCAGUCAAUUCCAAUUCGAAUCGUCAACGGCCGUCGCCGUUGCUCCUGCAAUUCGCUAAUGAAUUCCCACGCGCAAACCGUCUCGUGGUACGACACCAUGAUGACCUACUCAUUACUACACUCCGACUACCCUACCAUUGUCAGAUACAUCUCGGGCGCCUUUAUCGCGCUAGGAUUUUGCUUCUUUGGUCCCAUCCUGCUCCUGAUCGGUGUAGACAUCGCCAUCUACAUCUAUAGGAUAUGCUGGAGCCGUCCGUGGAAUCAGAAUCAAAAUCAAGAUCAGACGUCUUCGCGUGAGCCGAGGCACUUGUCGCAACAGCAAAAGGCACAACCACCGCCACCGCCACCGCCACUGGAAGUCUCGGGCGGGACGACAGCUGUCCCUUCGACGGUGGCAGAUUCAGCGCGGAGGCGCAUACACCAUCCGAGCGAGUCCGGGGCCGGGCACAGCUCAUUUUCUGGGUAGAGCGAAUGCGAGGUUGUGAUGAAGGGGCUGUGCUUUGAGGGCAAGGUUUUGGCAAGAGACUAGAGUAGUUCGACGGGCGGGUAGGUCUUGGUUGCGUAAUGAGCUGAGCAAAGCGUCCGUCUCCUGAUGCAGCAUC